AUGUCAGGGCUAAGCCAAUGCGCCUCGGACAGCUGGAACAGACCCCCAGUGGAGGCAUGCACUGAUCUUUUGGGCCUUCCUCGACUUUCCGUUGCCCCAUCUAGUCCUCAACCCGAGGUAAAAUCUGAAGUCCCAGAGGCGACAGAUGAGCCUCUCGACACUCUCACCCCAGAGGCAAAAGAUGAAAAGCUUAACCCCCACAUUCAAGAGGCGGCAUAUAAGUCUGCUGACACUUUUAUCCCUGAUGACUAUAUCCCCGCCGGCGUUGUGGGCAAAUUCUCAUCCGCACCCCCCUACCCGGAUUCCGACAUAACACUCCUGGAAAGACACCAAUGGAUCCGCACACGCUCACUUGACCACAGUGACAAUGUACAAAUUUUUGUUCUACCAGAUUCACGACGAACCCACUUACGGUCAAAUAGCCAGCUCAAAUCCGCUCUCAAACGCGUCAUGUCCAUGAUCGACAGCUCCUCUGAAGCAUGGAACGGCUUAGUUCAUGCCAAUACUGGUCUACUUUACAACACUCAGCCCGAUAGCGAGGAAGAAGAAUCCUUGUAUUAUAUAUACAAUACGCUGCAAGAUCCCAGACCAAACUUGUUCCAAGUAACAGAUUCACGCUCGCGGAAUAUCAUGAAGCGAUUAUUUGGCGGUUCGAUUCGAGGCCUUGAAACAACGCUUUAUCCGUAUCAGCGCAACUCCGCUGCUGUAAUGGUUCAGCGGGAGACACAGCCGGCGCUGGCGCUUGAUCCGAGAUUCCAGCCUUGGCGGGGUCCAACUGGGCUGGAGUUCUAUUAUGAUAAAGUGUCUGGGAGCAUUUUGAGGGACAAGAUAUUGUACCCCGAGGCCUGUGGAGGGAUUUUGGCAGAGUCUAUGGGAUGCGGGAAAACCCUCAUUAGUCUUGCUGUGAUAUUGGCUACGCGGGGUCAGUUUCCUAAAGUCCCGGUGGAGUAUCAAACACUUGAGAACCCCAUCAGGAAAAAGACUGGAACAUUAAUGGAAAUGGCUGCUUCUGCUGCUGGGAAAAACGAAAACGAAAGGGGUGCAGCAUCAUCGUACGCCCAGUCGGCGGAGCAAAUUCGUCUUUGCUCUGGUACACUGGUCAUUGUCCCGGAAAACUUGCUGGACCACUGGGAACAUGAAAUCGCUACUCACACUAGCGAUCUGAAUGUCCUAGUUCUGCGAAAUAAGGACAAAACACCAUCAACGGACGAACUUCUGGACUUCGAUAUUGUGCUGUUCUCCAAAAACCGAUGCAGCAAAGAGAAUCCAAAAAUGAGCAAAUCUGGACAGAGGUCGGAUUAUCCUAUUGCCAAUCUUCACUGGUUGCGAGUUAUUGUCGAUGAAGGGCAUGAUCUUGCCGGUACAUCGGAAAUGGUCGACUUGCUUACAAAGCUUCACUUUGAGCGCCGCUGGAUCAUUUCGGGGACUCCUCUAUCAGAAUUGUAUGGAGUGGAACUUAGCAUUGCUUCACAGGAAGUGAACACAGAUGAUACUGAAUCGUCAGCCGACAAUAACGCCAUCUUGGAAAAACGCAGAAAGGCGGGCAAUGCCGUCAAGCCUGAGAUCAAAGACGUGAAGAAAUUGGGCUUAAUGGUUCAUUAUUUCUUAAAGCUUAAGCCUUGGGCCAACAAUACUAAAGACUGGCCACUUUACACAACAAAGGUAGGCGAGGAUGGAAUGCGUCGAAAAUCUCCAUCUCUACGUGCGACCCUUCAGAGUCUUGUUGUGCGACACCAGUACGAAACGGUCAAAAAGGAGAUCACUCUUCCACCACUGUAUAACAAAGUGGUCUACCUUGAGCCAACCUUCUACGACCGGCUAUACAUCAAUAUCUUCCUUUUCACACUCGCAGUCAAUGCUAUCACAUCUGAACGAGAAGCUGGAUUUUGGUGGGCUGGCUCCGACGACGUCCAAAGUACUGUCGACGUUGCUCGGGAAUAUCUAGAGGGAAACCAAGAGAAGAUGACAGUGGCAGAUAUCAACCAAUUAAAGCAGGGAAUCCAGAUCGGACGAAAGGCAAUCGGUUCUCUUGGCUGGAACGGAUUCAAAAAGAUGCAUGAGCUUGGAGUCUUUGUCCGGUAUUUCCCAGAACAUGCUCGCAACAUGUGGGCCCUUGAUCCCACUGGCACCGACCACGAACCCCUGCUCAUGGGCAUUACCCAGGCCCGCCGGGCCCAACAAUUUGUGAUGAACCAUCUCGGCACGCCUGAUCCUGCUGACGGUCUGGCAGGAGAGGGUAUCAAAGUUCGUCGGGAGCUGGCUAAAAAUGGCCAGAUAGAUACUCUUGCCCACAGUGGUGCCCCCGAGUCGGCAAAACUUCCAGUAAACAAAUCAAGUUCGAAAAGGAAAAGAUCUAAGAAAACUUUUGAGAAUAAUACAUUCCACACUCUCCCGGAGACUUCGCCCUUGGCACAAACGAAGUUGGAAGGAGUAGCAUCGGCCAAGCUUCGGUACUUGUUGGAGCAAGUGCUGAAGUUUCAGAAAACCGAGAAAAUCAUCAUCUUCUAUGAACACAACAACGUCGCUUUCUGGGUCGAGCAAGGCCUGGAGUUAAUAGCAGUCAACUUCCGCACCUAUGCCAGUACCGCAAGCAUGGGCGCCGAUCUCAAAACCAAACAUCUAGCAGAAUUCCGCCAAACCCAAGAGGUCCGCGUUCUACUGAUGAACGUCACUCAAGCCUCGCAUGGCCUCCACAUCCCCGAAGCCUCACGGGUAUACAUUGUCAACCCAAUCUGGGAACGUAACGUGGAAAGCCAAGCCAUAAAACGAGCCCACAGAAUCGGGCAGAAAAGACCAGUCUACGUCGAAACCCUUGUCCUAGGUGACACACUCGAGCACCGGAUGCUCAACCGUAGCAAAAAUAUGACCGCUGAGGAGACAAAGCACGCAGGAAAGAACCCGCUAGACGAUAAUACCAUGAAAAAGAUCAUUCAGAACGAGCCCUUCCUGCUCAUGCUCGACGAGGCUUCGGCCGGCAUGGCUCCGCUGGCACAUCCGAUCGGGCUGUUUGAUCAGCAUAAAUUGCCGAUUCCCGAUAAUGUGGUCCCUGCGCGCGGGCCGCAGCGGGGGCCAUUGAAGCGGAGACCGCGGCCGGUUCCGAGGCCCGAUGCCGAUUCCGAUUCCGCUGGUGUUCAGGAGCCACUAGCCCAGCGGCGACGGAUCGGCUUUGCGGAGCAUGAUCAGGUUAUGGGUGAGGGUGCUGUGGAUGCGGUUCAUGGGCCGCUGCAGCCUUUCCCCGUGUCGACUUCGGCUUCUGUUGCUGGGGCUCCUGUGUCUGGGCUUUCGUCGACUGGCUUCGCUGAGGGCGUGAUAGGUAUUGAGGAUAGUGAUGGUGAAUCUCGUCUGGUGCAAUCACUGCCUGUGCACUCUGGGCGAGUGUCGAUAUUUGGGCCAUAUGCGUGA